GAAUAAGAGUGUACUACGAUUUAAACUUUAUAUCAACAAAUGUAUCUUUGGUUUAUUGCUAAGUAAAAUAAAAUCAAGCUGAUUUUUUUUAUUAUAAGAAAUUUCACCAGAAGACUUGUCCCUAGUCUAGCGAUCUCGACAAAUCGUCAUAAGAGUAAAGUUGUAAUGUCGACUGAAAAUCCUAUUUCAGAUAUAAAUGAUAGUGGAUGCUCACAAAAAAGCACUGGUGAUGACCCUGUAGUGUCAAAUAGUCACCCAAUCGAUGGAAACUACCGGGAGGAGGUAGUCAUCAAGUCGCCGUUGUUCAAUUCGGCUAUUGGUGAGAAUGAUAGUAGCUCGCUGGAUCAAGCUCCUUCGUCAGUUACGAAUCCGCCGGACUUCUCACAAUUCGAUGAUAGCGAGGAUGAUGAGCACUAUCAUAGUGGUGAUGGGUUGCAUUCGGAUACGAUUAGCAUCGAACGAAUUCGACAGUAUUUAUCGGAUAAACUAGGUUUCUACACAUCGGACAAUUAUGACGACAAGGACAGUGUUCCUAGGCGCAAAGUAUUGGAAACUGUGGAUAUUGAUGGUGUCAUCAAACAUUGGAAGAAUGGAGGUUUUAAAAAGAUCGUUACCAUGGUUGGAGCAGGAAUAUCUACAUCUGCUGGAAUACCGGAUUUCCGUUCUCCAAAUACUGGUUUAUACAACAAUUUAUGGAAGUACAAUUUACCAUACCCACAAGCAAUUUUUGAGUUAGAAUAUUUUUACCAAAACCCAAAACCGUUCUUUCAACUGGCAAAAGAAUUGUAUCCAGGAACAUUUAAACCAACUCCGUCACAUUAUUUUGUGAAACUACUGGAGAAUAAAGGACUUCUGAUUCGUCAUUAUACGCAAAACAUAGAUACUCUUGAACGAAUCGCUGGUAUCAGCGAGGAUAAGAUUGUGGAAGCUCAUGGAACAUUUUUCACUAAUCAUUGCCUACAAUGCAAAGCUGCAUAUUCUUUGGAUUUCGUGAAAGAAAAAAUCUUUGCGGAUGAAAUACCAACAUGUAUCUGUGGUGGUGUAAUCAAACCAGAUAUUGUUUUCUUCGGAGAAGGACUGCCGGAAAAAUUUCAUCUUCUACCGCAAAAAGACUUCGCAGAGUGUGAUUUGCUUAUCAUUAUGGGUACAUCAUUAACGGUGCAACCUUUUGCAUCGCUUGUCGAAUACGUCACCGAUGACUGUGUGCGAUUGUUAAUAAACAGAGAUAAAGUCGGCGGAGGAGGGUAUGGCAUUUUCCGAGCGAUGAUGUAUGGCGAAGGAUUGUGCUUUGAUUUACCAGGUAAUCGACGAGAUGUAGCGUGGACCGGAGGCUGCGAUGACGGUUGUUUUAUGCUUGCAGACAGACUGGGAUUAGGGGACGAGCUUCGCAAAAUGGUAAAAGAAGAGCACGAAAAACUGGAUCAUAGUCAACCAGGAUCUCUUUCAAGUGUCCCAGGUGCGUCAUCCGAACACACUGUAGAUACUAAACAUCCCGAGACUACAGAAAAUUCACAACCACAUGAAGUGGUGAAUUCAUCUGGUUCGGUUGCCACAAUACUAUCGGAUGAUGUGAAAAUAUCUGAAGGCAAAGGAGUGAAGGUCCAUGAUAAUGAGUAAGAUAGGUAGACGGGUGUAUAUUUAUUAUUCAAGCUGGGGUUUAGAAGAAAUAUUAUCGAUUCAAAACAUCUCUAAAAAGUUUAAACGCAGAAAUCCUUUGCGAACCUAUUAGAUAUAUGCUUUGACAUACUAAAUAACAUGGUGCUUUAGAAAGCAUGAGGGUAUAGGGUUUACCAGAAUUUGUGAAAAAAGGUUAUUGGUAUAUGUGUAGCAACGAGAGCCAAUAGCGUAGUAUGAACAGUUUCUAAAUCUAAUAGUGUAUAAAAAAAAAAUUCCACGCAAUCUUUUCAUAAUAUAAAUCUUUUAUAAUGUUGACAAUUUUAGAAAAUCCGAAUGGUUUGGUUACAUUUUAAAGCAUGUGUCAGAUUCUACUAAAAUGAAAAGCUACACUUUGAUUGCUUUUUCUGCGAAACUUUGAUUCGUUUAGUAUUCUUCAAUUCAUUAUCCGAUAACAGUGUCAAGAAAACAAAAUUAAAACAUGUACUCAGUACUGACGAAAUAAAUCAUUAUUAUUAA